GGCUCCACUGAAGCCUGUAUGGAUUAUUCAGAGAUGUUUUCACUGGUAUCGGCUUCUUUUUUCCCUUCUUCGAUAUUACUUUCGCUGGGGUAGACAUCCUGAGGACCUGAGCCUGCACAUCAGCCAAUCAGCGCUCACUUCUACCGGAACGCACUGUAGCUCUGCGAGAUGUCAUCAGUGGAUCUACCUUCUGGAGGACGCGACCAGCGGAUAAAUAAUCGCCUAAAAAAUGACUUUGCAGGCAGAAUUUAAGCAAUACGCUGAGAAUGUAAAGAAAGUGAAGACCAGACCAACAGACCAGAAGCUGCUUGAUUUGUAUGGCCUCUACAAACAAGCUAUUGUUGGGGACAUUAAUAUUGAUAAACCUGGAAUGGUGGAUUUGAAAGGGAAAGCCAAAUGGGAGGCAUGGAAUUUAAGGAAAGGUAUGUCAGAUGAGGAUGCCAUGAAUGCCUAUAUUUCCCUGGCCAAGGACACCAUUGAAAAGUAUGGAAAGUGAUGGGGAAAACUGGAAAAACUCCUUAGUUUCAAGAAGAUAUACAUUUUCACAAUGAGAAAGAAGCAAGCUAGUAUUAUAAUUUUCUCCCAUUGACAAAACAAACAUUUUAAUUAUAUAUAUAUAUAUAUAUAUAUAUAUAUAUAUAUAUAUAUAUAUAUAUAUAAAUGUAUGUACUUUGUCACACUGUAAUAUAGAUGAACAGAUUAGAAAAUGACUAAUAUUAGUUUCUUGAUGAUACCACCUGAUAACUAGUCAUUGCCAGUCAGGUGAGACCUAAGAUCUCAGCAUGUAUUACUGUUUUUGUUUUACAUAGGUUGUAAUUUAAAGAGUGAACUACU